AGUUGUUCAUUGCGGCUCGGUGCGGAAACACAUAACAAAACGCGCGUCCGUUAAACAUGGAACGUUCCAAGUUGUCACUGAUCUGCGUAUUCGCUGUGAUCGCAAGCUUAUCGUUGCAAAUUACCCCCACCAAUGGAGCCAAUAUUUUGGGCAUUUUCACAAGUCACAGUCCGUCGCAUUUAAUUGUCCAUAUGUCGGUGGUUAAAGUAUUGGCCGAACGUGGACACAAUGUUACCGUGGUCGUAACCCAAAAACCCAAAGUUACCCAUAAGGAUAUCAAUGUCAUUGUUAUACCGCCAAAACCCGAUGUUGAGGAGAAGCUGAAUCGUGAAGUGUCCGGCAUGGCAUUGAAAAAGAACAGCCUAAUUAAUACCGUAUCGAAUUUCUUUGGUUCGCUCAGUUUGCUAAUCGAUAUGCAAAGGGAUGCCUUGCAGGACGCCCGUUUCACAGCGCUCUACGAUAAUCCCCAAUAUGAUUUGGUGAUCAUUGGUUUCUUUUUUAAUAAUUUCCAAUUGGGCGCCGCAGCAAAAUUCAAGGCUCCAGUUGCCAUAAGUUGGUCCGGCCCAUCUAUAUCCAUGACAGAUAAUUUCAUUGGCAAUCCCCUGGAAGUGUCGUAUGUACCCAACAUGAAUAUGGCCAUAAAGGCGGGUGAAAAAAUGACCCUUCUACAGAGAAUACAAAAUAUCUUCAUGAAUGGUUUCUUCGAUAUGAUCAUGACUGCAAUGGACUUUAAAAUGAGGGCGUUUUAUAAUGAGCUUUUCCCCAAUGAUGGCAGCUUCCCCACCUUGAAGGAAAUGAUGAAGAAUAUAUCCCUAGUUUUGGUUAACGGUCAUUUCAGUGAAGGCCCCAUAAGACCAAAUGUACCGGCUCUAGUUGAAGUGGGUGGAAUACAAGUCAAGGAUAAACCCGAUCCAUUGCCAAAGGACAUUGCCGAUUUCCUCGACGGCGCCAAGGAACACGGUGCCAUACUCUUCAGUUUGGGUUCAAAUCUCAAGGGUUCCAGCAUUAAGCCGGAAACAGCAACCUAUAUUUUCAACGUUUUGUCAAAGCUUAAACAAAAGGUCAUUUGGAAAUGGGAAGACUUGAAAAAUACCCCAGGAAAAUCAGCAAAUAUCUUGUACAAAAAAUGGAUGCCUCAGGACGAUAUAUUGGCCCAUCCGAACAUAAGAUUGUUUAUAACACAUGCCGGUAAGGGUGGUGUCGCCGAGGCCCAAUAUCAUGGUGUACCCAUGAUGGCUUUGCCCGUCUUUGCCGAUCAACAUGGUAACGCCGAUAAGAUUGUCAAAUCCGGUUAUGGCAAACAACUUGAGUUGCUCACCCUCACCGAGGACAAGUUGAGAGAGAAUGUUUUGGAAUUACUCAAUAAUCCGAUGUAUCGUAAAAAUGUACAAGAAUUUAGCAAACUCUAUCGUGAUCGACCAUUGUCGGCUCGAGAAAAUGCCGCCUUUUGGCUGGAAUAUGUAAUACGUCAUCAUGGAGCUGCCCAUAUGCAAAGUCCUUUGGUCCACAUGAAUUUCAUUGAAAGCAAUAAUUUAGAUGUCUAUGCCGUCCUCUUGGCGGUGUUCUAUGUUUUAUAUCGCAUCUUUAGAUUAAUGCUCUGUUUCGCCUGCAAGAAGUUAUUGAAAAAGAAUUGCAGUGGUGCAGCGUCCAAAGAUAAAUCAAAGAAAAAAGUUAAAAAACAAUAAUUUAUUUUUAUUAGAUAUCGAUAUUUAAUUAAUUUUUGUUUUGUUAUUCAUAAUUUUGUUGUAAAUAAAUUUUUUUAUUAUAAAUUUUUUUU